AUGCAAAUACCGCCCGAUCCCGCCGCUGCCUCCGCCACACCGCUCAACCACUACCCGGAACCAGGAGCUAUGGCGCUUGCGUCUGGGCCGGAAUCAGGAGCUCUAGCGGCUGACAUCGCCAUCCCGCAGGCAGGCAGCGGCGAGUCGGAUCUGAGCAGAGCGGACAAUCCCGAGGGGAUCCCGCGACUCGAGGGCAGGGAAUCAACGCGACUUCCAGUCGAUGCGUCUCAACACAUCUGCUGGACCUCAGGCUCUCAGGUUCUACUACUCCUGCCCCCCGCUGCUCUUGGCCCCCGCUGCUCCCUCCCAACGCCGCUCCUCCCCCCCCCUGCAAGAAACAGCGAGGGCGAGGCAGGCAGCCACACCACACCAGGAGGAGCAGCAACCGCAGCAGUCCCCUCAGAAGCCGCAGCAGCCCCAGCAGCAGCAGCGGCAGCUGGAAGGGGAGUGGUGGUGGGUGGCAGGGGAUGCAGUGGGUGCGUGCAGGGGGUGGAGUGCAGCAUACACGUGUGGGUCAUGCCGCCUGCUUAUUGGGUCUCGCCCUUGGCGACCAAUCGGAGUGACGCGGACAGCAACGGCAACAACCGCGACACCGCCAGCAGCAGCAACAACAGCAGCAGCAACGAUGAGAGCAGUUGGUUGAAGGACGACCUGACUCUCACUCUGAAGGGCCCGGCGUUGGGAAGUGGGGACGUGCAGUGCACCGACCCCCCUUCCUGCUCGCACUUCCUCAUCUCCUACCGCCUCUGGGACGUGGGAGAUUAUAGUGCCACUCUCUCUGUGGGUUGUUCAAACCUCAACUUCUCUCCCGACUUUGCCGCCUAUUUCAACUCCACCUUCCGCCAUGACCUUGCCACGUGGAGUCUCUCUAUUGGCUGGCCUGAGCAAUCAGCUUCUGGGGGCGUUUUUGCAUCUGCAGGCACUGAUGGUGCUGCUGGUAACGGUGCUGCUGACAUGGGCGCUGGGGGAUCCGAUGCUGCAACAUCAGCUACAGCCGCCUCAAGUACCACCUCCCCCAGCAGCCUAGCCACGCCCUGCACACCUGGAUCCAUCCCCGGUCGCUGGAAGAAGGACAGCAGUGGCAAUUACACCUGGACGUUCUUUCCCUGUGCGCCGCCAUUGUCGCCUCCCAGCCGUUGGAUCUCGGAUCUACGGCGCAAGGGCAUAGAGGAGAUCAACAUAGUGGGGAACUCGCACCAGAGGGGGCUGGCCAACCACCUGCACUUCCUGCUCUCGGGGAGCACGGGGAACACAAGGCCCGAUCCCCGCUUCAACUACACCUUCCGCUCCAGCAAUGAAAAAGGGGAGACGUUCAGAAUCAACUUCUAUUGGGUUGAUGGGAUCUACCGCAACGGGGAGUUUCACUGCGGUGACAGAGGCAUAACCAGCAACCGCCCCAACACAUUCCCAGACAUCCUCUCUCGCACUGCUGACGUCACCAUUAUGAACGCCGGCUCCUGGACAGAUAGGUAUUGCGGAGAGCCAAUCAAAGCCUUUCGAGCCCACCUCCCUGAGUUCCUCAACUGGGGGCUGCAGUUCGCCGCCCAAAAUGGCAAGCCGCUGGUGCUGCGGACGGCAACGCCCCUCCCGAAUGCAGGCCACCACUGCGCGCAUUAUACCAGCGCAUCUGUCGGCCCGUCCACCAACCUGGGCCUCAUGACUCUCAAUCGAAUCAUGCGCAACGUGGCUGCUGGAAAGGGUUCUGGGGACAGUGACGGAAAGAAUUCCCAAUCCCAGCUGUCGGUGCCGUCAGUGCCGGUUUUUGACGGGUGGAUGAUUGAAAUGCCUCGGUAUCUGGACAAUUGCCCCUAUGGAAACCGGCAUUACUCGUGCUUUUAUGCACCGCACUUCUGGAGUAGACAACCGAAUGCGGCUGGAGGGGUGGUAGGGGAGGCUGUAGUUCGUGGACUCAUACAUUUCAUGCUCCAUGAGUUGUGA